ACCAGCAGGCUCUGCGUGUUUUACCCCACUUUCACUCUGAGCUUCUCUUCCCUCACGAAACUGGAGCUCCUCAGCUGGACGAGUCAAAGUCAAACACAACAUGUCUUCCUACGUGUCCUCCGAGUGCCGCUGGGUCAGCCCGUGCGUCCACGGCAACAAAUUCGACACGGCGAACCGCAAGAAGGCCGCCGCCAACAUCUUCGACAGCGUGAACCCGGCCGCGCUGGUCAGACUCUUCCAGAAAACCGGCGACAUGAAGGCGGAGGAGAGAGUGAGGAGCAUCUUCUCCUACACGCACGACCCGGAGGAGAGGGCGCGCGCCCUGAUGGCUCUGAAGCAGCGGAAGAAGGACAAGUUCCUCCGGAUCGCCGGCAUGGUGCGGCAGCUGCUCAAACUGCGUUGAAUCACGCGCUGCUCCACGCCAGCGUGUCCCUGUCGGCUCCGGGAUGAGCCGAAGUGUGAAAAGAACAUUCCGGAGUGUCGGUGUGUGACCGGAGAGUCACCGCUGCCGCCUGCACGGACGCGGCAGCGGCGCUGCGGGAGGCGCAGCKGGCCGCCGGGAGGCCCGGUGCGGAGCGCGGGAGGAGCCCGCCCGCAGCUGGUGCUGCAAGAUGUUGAGACUGGAAUAUGAAGGGAAUCCAUGUCUACCAGUCCCCACUGACUUACAUGCCUCCCAGUGGAUGUGUGCUGGAGCAGCUGCACCUGCAGGGCUGCACAUCAGUGUGAGGCUGACACUGCUGCAGGAUGAGACUUUAUGAUGCUACUGAAGAACUGCAGCUGGUCCUCAAUACAAACUGUGACUGAACUGUCCUCUGCUGUGUGAACACUGCUAAUGUAUGUGUCAACAUCAGAGCAUUUGCACUUUAUUUUUUUAUUUUUUAAAAUAAACAAUUUAUAUUUAAAAAAUUAAAA